UGAGAGUGAAAUUGAGGGCAGGUGCAAUAGGGUGUGCCUUCUCCCUGAGGCGGUUCACCACCAGCUCAGGGCAAUUAAAAAGCUGCAGUCUGAGGUCACAGUGAAACGGAGGCAACUCAACUCACAGGUGAAGGCAGCGACAGAACUUCUGCCACAGCUGGACCAGAUUGAGGAAAUGCCUGUGAUGCAUUCCCUGUUGGAAUAUCUUGAAGAGCUUUCAAAGUCAAUCACGGAGAAGCUGUCCAAGUCUGUGAAGGACAUAGAAUCUGGUCUGCAGGUCAGAGAAAAGCUGUCAGAACAGAUUGCAAAUAUCGACUCCUGGGUCGGGACACAUCUGCAAAGAGAGACAAUGAAGACCAUCCGGAUGGAAUUCAUGAGUCCUGGUGAGGUUGAUCGCAGUGAUCUUGAGAUCCAGGAGACCCUUGUUGAGGCAGAAAAGCAGUCUGCUGCCUGUGAAGCUCUUUUAAUGAAGAGUAAAGACAUUGCUUCUGAGCUUAGCAUCACAGAGAACUGCCAGCUUUUUGACAAGCUUAUCAACCUCCAGGAAGACAUCAGCAACAUUAGUAGCCAUGAAAGGGUCAACAAAAAAGAGCUUGAUGAACAUGUCCAAGCUAUAGAAUCAAACAAGAGAGAGCUAAUCACUGUUGAAAGAAGCCUAAGGCAGAUGCAAGAAGAACUGAACAAACUGAGGUUCCCCGUCACAACAGAAUUGCUGCAAAUUUUGGAAUCUUUCAAACAAAUGCUUUUGGAGCACAAGUCCAAGAUUGACCUUCUCCAAUACUGGAUUCAGGAAGAUAAGACAAGUGAAUUGUAUUCAGUCACUGCUGAAAUUCAUAACAAACUGACUACCCUGCAAUUAAAGGCCAGAGACCACGAGAAGUACCUCAACAUGAGGCAGACUGUGGAGGACCUUAAAGAGGCUGUCGAGGAGCAGCUCUGUCAGACCAAAGAAGACAGCCAGGUGGAGGAAAAGUACAAGAUCUACCAGAAGCUUCUUUUUCACUUCCCUCUGAUAAAAAGACUUUGCAAGGAGGUUGGAUCGAAACUCCAUAUGAUCUCAACUGACCUAUAUCCUUCUCAGCUGUGCUCAGAGCAACAGAGACUUCAACAAAACGAGGAGCGCUUUAAAACAUUGGAAAUGAAAACCCUCAGCAAUCUCAGCAUUAUCGAGUGGUCUCUGGUUAAAGAACUUGAUCUCGACUCAGAGAGGAAAGUCAUGCGAGCCUUCCUCUGGGAUGCUCACCAGGAGCUUCAGAACCCCCUACCGAUGACGCCAAAUGAAACAUGCAUUAAUAAGGAAUACCAGAGGAUCCUGUUUUUGAAAAAUAUGGUUGAGUCGCGAAUGAGAGCACUAGAAUUUCUAGAGCAUAAUAAAGGCAACACGGAAGGAACCGGAUCAUCAGAUCUUGAAGACUUGAAGAAUGUCUUUCUACGUGAAUGUGACUCACAAUUGGACAAUAUCUCUGAUGCAAGGACAUCACUGAGAAACUACACCCAUACUGUAAAACAAGCACUGCAGUUCUUGAGGGACUUUGAGGUCUCUCUGCUGCCCCUUCCUGCCUUAACUGGAAUCUGUUGUGAAAAGUUGGAGGAGACGCAGGUCAUCUUGGCCUCACUGGAGGAUCAUUUCCAGCCUUACAUGGACCAGUUGAGCCAAGUUGCCCUGCAUCCUUUACUGUCCCCCGUGGAGUUAGAGCGACUCCAAGAGAGUAUUCUGAGCCAGCUCCUAGUGAGGAUGUCCACACUUAAAGCAAAUGGUUACCUUCAAUUGGAGAAUCUCAGCAGCUGUGCAGAAAACUACAGAAAAUACACAAAAUUCCAUGACAAAAUUAGGAAAGCCGAGGCUAGCCUGGAGCAGUUUGCCUCUCAGAAGGUCAACUCGCUAGCCGACUGCAGUGAGCAGCUGGAAAAGCUUAAAAUUCUGCAAGAGGAUCUGGACUCUGUACAGAAUCAUCUUGAGGAGAUGGUGGAGUGGUGUCCAGAGCAGAGGUGCCGAGGACACCGAGAGACCUCCAUGGCUGCAGCCUGGAAACGCGUGACAAAACUCCGCCUUUGCUCACAACAGCUGACUGCGAGACUCAAACAGAGGAUUGUAGAAUGGAGUGACAUCACCCGCAGUGUGGAGAAAGCCUCCGCUGUGCUGCAGCAGGUGGAGGAGGAGCUCCCCGAGCCUGCCCCGUUGAUGGCCUCCACUAAAGGACUUCUUGACCUGCAGCAGCGCUGGGAACAAUACCAGGACAGACUGGACUGCGAACAUCAUGCACUUUCCAUCCUCGAAUUACGUGUAGCCAGGCUGCUAGGUGUCCCUGCCAAUAUGGAACAGGCACCAACUCCAUUCUAUCUGCAGCUGCAAGCGAUGCAGACAGUCUAUGACACCCUCAACCAGAGGAGCCGAGAAGGUUUGGAGUGGAUCAAGCUGGAGCUGGAGGAGAAAGAAAAAGUGCAAGAAGAGCUGCAGGUGGUUUGGGUUUGGUUGACGGCGGCUGACAGUCUUUUGUCAGACAUAGAUCCAAGCAGCAGCCCAGCAAAACUGAAGGGGAUCCACAGCCAAUUGUGCAUCCAGAAAGCUCUGGUCCAUCGCAUCAAGGAGAGACUGAAGUCAAAGUACUUUGAAUCUGACAUGGUCCCUGUCGAGAUCAACGGCCAACUUCAGGAGAUCCAAAAGACUCUGGACCAAGUCGAGGAUAAGGUUGAAGAGGCGAUCGAGAAGAGUGGACCCGUGCACAGAAUCGCAGCAAAGCUCCUCGAGACGCAAGCUGGCCUGAGGUCAGUGCAAGAGAGGCUGGAAGACAGAAGUUCCAGUGUGGCAGAAGCAAAGCUCGCUCAGAAGAUGGUGUGGGACAAGCUGAACAAGUGGCACUCGUGUGUUGCGGCGCUGGAGUCUGACGUGCAGGGCUUGGAGAGUCCACAGGAGGCACUGUACCUCACAGAAAGAUUGGUGGAGGUGCAGCAGCUCCAUGUACAGCUCGUCAAACAGGCAGAGCAGAAGACAACACUCCUUAGCAGGAUGCAAACUUGGCUUGAGGAGCAUCAGGAAAUGAUCAACAGCUCCAAGAGUUGGAUGUCGGACUCUCAGUCGUGGCUCGCCGCUCCGCGCACUUACACCACGGCUAAAUGUCUGAGUGAACACGUUGGAGCUCUGCAGACGGUGUUGAAUGACUCGGAGCAGAUCCGAACCACGUUGCAGGGUUUCACUUCAGUCCUGGACCAAAUCUCUCAAGUGGUCGAAGUCUCGACUCUUCGGGAACAAUUGGCGGAAGCCGACCUCCAAGUGGCAGCCGUUCAGGACAGUUUUGCGGCUCCAUUGUCUCGACUUGAGCAAGCUGCUGCUGAGGUCAACAUGAUGGAGACUGAAGUCAGGAAGAUGCAGAAUAACAUUGCUGAGAUUAAGACUAUCUUCUGUUCUCCAGAGACAUUGCCCAGCCUCAAGGAGAAACGUCUGAAGAUGGUUGAGCAGAAGAUCCAGUCCAUGAGGAGCAGCAUAGCAGACAUCCAGAAAUCCAAACUGGACCUUCAUCUUCCAGAGAAGGGAGAGGAGACCUUGACUGUCUUUAGUGUCAUCAAUCAGCUACAAACUUUGCUGCUGGAACUGGAGAAGAAGGUUCCAGCUCUGUUCAUCCAGCAUCUUCCGACUCAGACUCAACAUACUCAACAGGUUCAAGGCAGAGCCCAAUUCGCGACAUCCCAAUCAGAACUAGAGAAAUCCAGCUCAGAAGAGGCUGAGGUGGGCGAUGGUGAGCCGGGCCGCAUCAGGAUUGCACACGUCGAGGACAAAUUGCUACAACGCUCUGGAGACUCGCUGAUGACAGCGAAAAGAGCGACGCCUGAGCAGAGACGCUCGGAGAUGGCCGACAGUGGGCCGCGAGGGCGUGACGGCGGUAGUGGCGAUGGGGGUGACACUGACGGUGGCGGUGGCGAGGUGCUCCCAGCUGAGGAGGCCUGUCAGAAAAUGGGAGGGGAGGCGCCGGAACUGAAGGCAGGUGCAGGAGGUGUUUUGUGGUGGCUCUGGGAUACUUUCCAGGGUGCUUCCCCAGAGGAAGUCAGCAGCGUUAGUGUCCCAGAAAGGAGCCAAGCUUCAUGCGGACAAAGUCAACAGGGCUCUGGUGCCCCCGAUGAUAGUUCCUCUGAGGCUAUAUCCUCAACCCUGGACUCAGUCAGAUGUCAGAACUUCCCCGAUCGCAUGGUAAACACCUCCACCUCCACCGUCUCCAAAGCUCAGCCCCCCCAGCAGAGAUGUUUGCUUUGCUAGCUGUAGAAACCCUUCAAGUCUUCUCAUUGCCAACCUGACUUGAAUGAAGCCAGCUUCUUUUAGAGCCAAAGAACACCCGUGUCCCUCCAUGUGUUUCCAUGGCAACAUCGUUAGCUAAUUAGCAAGUAGCCAUGCAGGCCAAUGUUUACAAUGAGAGUGAUUUAGUUUGUUUGUGUGUGUUUUUAGCAUGUGAGCUAGCAAGAGUGCCGCAUGGACCUGAUCGAUGUUUUCGUAAAAGUUACUAAUAGACAAACUCCAUGUUGUGUUUUAUAAUCAUGUUUGCUGAUAUGCUAAUAUGCUUUUUGUAUUUCCACACGCUAAGUCUGUUUACUCUGCCAACGUUAUUAAUAAAAGUGAUGAAAAGUCUUUACUCAAUAAAAUGAGGCCUUGAGGCCAUGAAAAUGCACUUUUGACAUGUUUACUCAUUUAACUCACCACUGCUGGCAGGUGAUGUUAUGAUUAGGUUUGCUUAACAUGAAAUCAUUGAACCUCAUUGGUUGUUUUGAAGAUGUACAUUGACACGAUGUGAAAGUUGUGUUUUCACCUGGCAGCAUGAACCUGACGAGUCUUACAAGGUCUGCAUGGAUCACGCGUCCUCCUCUUCGCCUUUUCCCUGUUUUUCUUUAUCGUCUUCUUGACUUGCUUUUCUUUCCACUUUGCAAACAAGCAGAAGUGCCAAUAAAUC